GAGGCCUAUGAAACGCCCUCGCGCCAGGGGAGUUUGGGGGGGAUUGAGCGCUUUGCGCGAGCGCAGGGCAUGUCGAUUGGGCGCGCCCGUCGAGCGUUGCAACCUUUGUUGAGUUACACGUUGCAUAAGCCUCGACGUCGCCGAUUCCCCACUCUCCCCGUGGUGGUGCUUGGGAUGGACGAACAAUGGGUGGCCGACCUAGUGGAAAUGCAAGCCCUGAAAAAGUGGAAUCGCGGGGUGCGGUACCUGUUGACGGUGGUGGACGUGUUGUCAAAAUACGCUUGGGUGGAACCUCUGAAGGACAAGACCGGCAAGGCAGUGGCGGCGGCGUUCGAGCGCAUCCUGAAGCGGGCUAGGGGGCGACAGCCUCUGCGAUUGCAGACGGACGCCGGGAAAGAGUUCUACAACCGCUUGUUUCAGGGUGUGAUGACGCGACACAACAUUCAUCAUUUCUCGACCCGCGGGGAUAUCAAGGCGUCGGUGGUGGAACGAUUCAAUCGUACCUUGAAAGAACGUAUGUACCGUUACUUUACCGCCCGCAACACCUACCGGUACGUGGAUGCCUUACCUUAUUUGGUGCAAGGGUACAACGCCACCAAACAUCGAAGCAUUGGCAUGGCCCCUCGCGACGUGACGCGGGCCGACGAGCGCCAGGUGUGGCAACGUCUGUACGGCAAACGCUUGGCCCGUCGCGUGCGUCCGCAAUGGAAACCGGGCGAUCGCGUCCGAUUACAGAAACAGCACCGGCCGUUCGAGAAAGGGUAUUUGCCCGGGUGGACGGAAGAGGUGUUCAUCAUCGACCGAGCCGUGCCGGGGCCCGUGGCCACCUAUAAAAUCAAGGAGUGGGACGGAGAGCCCAUUGAAGGCACCUUCUACGAACAGGACGUACAGAAAGUCGACGUGCCGGACGACGCUUUGUUUCGCGUGGAGAAGGUGUUGCAGCGGCGACGCCAAGAGGUCAAGGUGCGUUGGAAAGGGUGGCCUCCAAAGUACGACAGUUGGAUUCCCAAGAGUAGUCUGACCCAGUUGUGAUCAGCAUGGAACCGUCGAGUCGGUCGCUGUAUGUUACGCUGCUGAGUAACACCAGCAAGCCAGAGUUUCCCCACAAUACCCCGGCUUCCUUCAAGGUGCGAUUGCCGUACCCCCUGCGCGUCAAGAACUGGCAGGUGGGCGUGGCCGGGGUCUACUUACCCGGACCGCCCAACACGGUGUCGCACGGGGUGACGUCACAUCCCGUGACGUCGCAUCCGACCGCGCCUCUCACGGAACAUCGACAAUCGAAUUUGUACAAGGGUUCGAGGAACCAACGUCUCUUUCGAUGGUACAACCGAGCCCUCAAGGGAACCGAUGGGAGUGAAACGCAAGAGUUCACCUCGACCAUGGAGGACGCCGACAUGCCCGAAGCCGCGACGGGGGUGGAGUUUAUGAAGAGAGUGUUCCGUUGGUGGCAGCAAGAUAGGAUGAAACAACUCAGGACCGGGUAUAACUUUGGCACCACCCAGGUGGACUAUGCCCCUCGGUACGAAUGGAAGGACGAGGCGGGAGUGCCUACGUUCUGGAUCCUGAAUAGUAAAACCGAUGUCACCUACAACAAACCGCGCCCUUACUUGGGGUUCAAUCUGGUGUUGGGGCAAACGAUGGGAUGGGUGGUGAAAAAGGAAGACCAGUCGUACGACCUGGGACCCAAUUUGGUCAUGUACGCGCAUUUGGACCAGCCCAAGGUCCCAAAGGUGGGGGCCGACGCGGAUAAGAACCAAUUGUUCACGUUUUCCAACUACGUGCACGUGAACGGGGGUAUGGUGUAUCUGUCCAUGGUGGUGGAUUGGCAGUUUGUGAAGUUGGACGAAGCCUAUGCCCAGGCCACCACGCACGUGUUCGUCCCUCCCAAGGUCCUGUGGAAUCAUUUCCGAUGGAUUAUGGACGACGAGAGCGUGUGGACGAAAGAGGCGGGCAUUAGCUCCUUGGGGUUUGUCAAUCUGGAAGGCUCCCCCCAUUAUUGGAAGAAGAAGACCAUGGGCAUGACGUUGACGAAAAGCGGCAACAAGUACGAACCCAAGUUUCGUUGGGUCAUCGGCACCACCAAGCUGAGCAAGGCGAACACGUAUCGACUGGUGGUCGAGGUCUACACGACCGACAAGGUCUUGUUUGACAAGACGCGCGUGAGUGCCUACACGAGUUUCUACGUGCGAAUGAUCGAUUCGGCGGUGACAACGCACGUGCAUGAAUACCUGGGCACGCACUUGGUGUAUUACCAUCGCCUCGUGCAAGAUUUCCGGUUGACGUCGUUGUCGGACAGUUCGUCCCGGCUGCACGUCACGGUGACCAUCGACGACGUGCCCACCUCGUACCCGGCCACGUUGACGGAUCAAUGUUACGUGGUGGUCUACGGGUACACCAUCGGGGCGCCGUGGCCACCCAUGAGUCAAGUCGACGACGUGUACGACGAUCAUCCGGUCAUUCAACGAGGCACCACCACCACGUCCACCAGCAGCACCACCGAAACGACCACCCAGCCCACGCAUAAGGGGAGUCAAGACAAACAGAAAAAGACCACGGUGACGCCUGUGUCGCACGGGGAGCCGGCCACGCGUCCGGUGCACCUCUAUUGCAACGUGGGGGAGAGCAGCAUCGUGGGCACGCAGAUCACCAAUUUCUUGCGAGACCUACCCUAUAAAGACCAACCCAUCCGGUGGGAACCGGAACACGUGCAGUAUCACCGGGUGCGUGGAGACACGCUGGAGAUUCUCGAAGUGGAAGUGGCCGAGACGAACGGCCAGUUGAUGACCUUGAACCCGGCGGGAGAGACGCAAGUGACGUUGCAUUUCCAGGCAUGAAUCGCAUCGUGUUGGUCAGCGAUCCGACCAAAGAGUUUCCCACCAACACCACCAGUUCGUUCAAAGUGCGCCUGCCCGUGCCUUUGGAAUUGAAGGGGGACGGAUGGAAGGUGGGGCUGGCGGCCAUCUCCACCCCGGACGCCGCCUUGGACUUGUCGAGACUCACGAAUGCCGUCAACCCACGUGUGUUCAAGGUGGGCUGCAAGUUGGUGAACAGUUUGAGGGCCGACGCCGUCCCGUACCACCAUCAGACCACCAUGCAGAUCAAGGAUAUCAUGCACGAUCCCGGCGUGGUGGAUGGGGUGAGUCUGAUGAAAGUCCUCAUACGAAAAUCGCAGUUUUACGAGAUGAAAGAAGCGCAAGCGAAGAGUAAACGACUCUACGACCGGUUUCGGGUCACGUACGAAUGGGACGGCGAGGACCUGCGCAUGCUGGCCAAGGAGUUGGACGACAUCGCGUUGACGACUGGCAUGAUGUUCGUGGAAUGGCACGUGCACGUGACCAUGGCCAAGUUGAUGGGGUGGCUGGUGGAGACGGGGAAGGACAAGUACGCCUUGGGGCCCAAUCUCCGUUACGAACUCAUUUACAAGACGCAGAAGACGGGGAAUUAUUACAAAGACGUCAAGAACACGGAACUAAACAACCACGACCUGUGGAAAGUGGAAAGCGGCCUCCUGCAGUUGAGUCAGACCCUCAAUUGGCGCUUCAGCAACUUGAACGUGGCCUUCCGAAACGUGGUGGGGGAACCCUCGCGCACCUUUCUGGUCUACUCGGACCUGGUGGACAGCAAUAUCGUCGGUGGCCAACAACAUGCGCUGGUGCGCGAAGUGGAGUACCGGCGCCUAGGCCAGGGCGUGGCCUACUUUGAACCCUUGCACAUU